AUGUCCCUUUGCAUGCAGUUGUCUUCUGUCUUCUUGCUCAACACCAAGGGUGUCCUGAGCGAGAGUCUUUUCAGCGCCCUGUCCCUCGUGUGCAACAUGGCGGAGCACUUCGAGGGGCAGGAAGCGAGCAAGCCGGCCCUCCUGUGGGUGCUGCGCGACUUCCUCCUAGAGCUGGUUGAUGACGGCAAGCGGCUGACGCCUGAUGAGUAUCUGGAGUCGACCCUGCACAAGAAGCCGCCUGAUGGGGUGGACCCCCAGCGAUCACAAGCUGCCCGUGAGGUGCGAGAGACAUUGCUAAGGUUUUUUCCGCAACGCCAGUGUGCCACCCUGUGCCAGCCUGCUAUCGAUGAGCAGCAGCUGCGAGAGCUGCCAGAGGUGCCUUUCGAGAGGCUGCGACUUGAGUUCCGAAACGCUUUCCAGGAACUGCAGGCAAAGCUGCUCAGCUUGACUGACACUCCGAAGACCAUUGGAGGCCAAGCCUUAUGUGCGGCUCAGUGGAUUGAGAUGCUGCGCCGGCUCGUGCAAUCCUUGAACGAUGGCCAUGCCAUGAGAGUGGGCGAUGCGUGGGCGCAGGUGCAACACACCAAUUGCGGCGAUCUCGUGGCCGAACUCCGUGAGCGGGCAGCCAGCGAGCUUCAGAAGGUGCGGCAAGGGAGUCCCUUCCCGAUUUCCGGGGGCCGGCCAUUGCCAAUCUCAGACACGGCCCUGGCAGCCAGUCUCAAGGAGUGCCGCAGAGCUGUCCGGGAAGAAUUCCGCAGCCGCGCGGUUGGUGAUGAGUCCAUGAAGGCCUCGUACUGGAAGGAGCUGAAGGCUGCGCUGCAGGAUGACGAGCAGACGCUGCGGCAACACAACGUCGAGAUGGCGGAGGCGCACCUUCGCCAAGCAGGGGCUGAGUGGAGCGCCUGGCUCUCGCAGGAGGAGGAGGCCGCACCGGGAGAUCCCAAGUCGGAGGCCCUGCUGCAUGCCUUGGGUCUGGACCUUCCGGCGCAGCCUGUUGCCUCUGCUGCUUGGGAGGCAUUGAGCUCCGCACGAAUGGCGAGAUUGAAGUGGGAUGGCACCCGCGAAGCAGCAAAGGCCCAGCUCAAGCUGGUCACAGAGGAGUUGGAAAGGAAGGCUGUGCUGGCAGCUGCUGCGUCGAAGCAAGCCGAAGGCGAGCAGCUGGAGAAGAGCCGCGAGGUAGGCCAACUCCAUGGCCAGGUCGAGGCUCUUCAACAACAGGCCAGAGAGUUCAUCGAACGUGAAAGAGCUCUUAAAGAGCAGGUCCUCCUUGCGGAGGAGGAGCUGCGGAGGGAACAGCAUGCCCGGAGUGAAGCCGACCGCCUAUCAGAGCAACGAAUUCACGAGCUGCAAUCACAGAUUGCGGAGCUUCGAUCCGAAGCUCUACAGCUGCAAGAGUGCUACAAGGAGAAGCGGCAGGAGACUGCCGCAUCUCCGAGGGAUACCCGGCCCAAAUGCACCUGCAGUGUCAUGUGA